AAAAUAAUAUUGGAACCACAAGAUUUGUUUAUCGAGAGAGAGAAAGAGAGAACAUUAUAUCGCUUGGAAUGUGUGUAGAAGGGUGUCUGUCUUUGCUCUGUAUGGGAGAAGAAAAUGUGAUCUUGAACUAUGACCAAUCUCAAGUGCAAUGUUGAAAAGUAGCUGUUGAUUAUCACUGAGAAAGAUUGGAAAUGCUCUCUCCCUCGUGGCUCAGAGAAUGACUUGUGGCAAGGCAUCUCUCACACGACUGACGCUCAGAGAACACCAUAUCACUAAAAUGACUUAGGGUCGGUGCCAAGGGGCCAGGGAAGAAAUGAUGUGCAGCGCUGAUAUUCUCUCUCUGUUGGAAAGUAGAAAAUAUGACUAGAGUGCCAAACAGUUGUGUCAUCAGCCACCUGCAGAAGAAGAAAGUUUUCUGCCAGGAGACUGUGCAAGACCUGUUCAGCCAGCAGUGCCGAGUCUUUGCCUGAAGUGUUGGUGCAGUGUGGCAGCCAACCCAACGCUCCCAUCCUACUCCUCUUCCUUCUCCUUGUCCUCAUCUUCUUCCCCUUUCUCUUGCACUAGCUCCUCCUCCUCUUCAAACGCCUCAUCCCCACCCACCUGCCUCUCCUCCUCUCACUCUUCGUGUCUCUUUUCUGCCUCCUCUUCCUCCUCCUCCUCUUCCUCCUCUUCCUCCUCCUGUGUUUCCUCCUCCUCCAAGCCCUGGCUCCCUCCACGCUGCUCCCUUACAGCCCAACAAAUGUUUGAAUGGGAGGAAGGGGACCGGUUUUCUUUCGAGGACUCUGAGCGCUUUGAAGAGGACUCACUAUGUAGCUGGAUCAGUGAGCCGGAGUCCCUCUGCAACAACUGGAGGGGGUGGAAGCGCUCAGAGAAGAUUGCCUCCCUCCUCUAUGGCCGAGCCAGAGACCAAGAUGGGGGUGUGCAGACCCUCACUGAGAUGUGUGCCCGCACGGUGGCGGCACACAUCCCCUUUGAGGUGGUGGAACAGAUGAUGCCACCUGUUCCUGAGCAACUACAGCUUCUCAUUGCCUUCUGGAGCUUCCCUGAGAAUGAGGAAGACAUCCGCCUGUACAGCUGCCUGGCCAACGGCAACGCUGACGAGUUCCUCCGCGGGGAGAACCACUACAAGCACAAGAGUGUGCAUGACCCACUACAGAUUGGGUUCCACCUGAGUGCCACGGUGGUGGUGUCUUCCUCGGGCACCAAGGGUCAGUUCAAUGUGGCCGUCACCUUUGAUCGGGGACGCAUCACCACCUGCAACUGCACCUGCUCUGCCAACGCCUCCUGGUGCUCUCACGUGGUGGCCGUCUGCCUGCACAGAAUACACCAGCCGAGCCAGGUGAAGCUGCGGGCCCCCGUCAGUGAGUCGCUGUCACGCCUCCAGAGGGACCAGCUGCAGAAGUUUGCCCAGUACCUCAUCAGUGAAUUGCCGCAGCAGAUCUUGCCCACGGCCCAGCGGCUCAUUGAUGAGAUCCUCUCUAGUCAAACAUCUGACAUUAACACGGUGUCAGGAGCCCCAGACCCCACAGCAGGUGGCUCGGCCAAUGAGCAGAUGGCUUGGUGGCUGGACGAGAGUAACCUCCAUGAAAACAUACACAAGAUUCUGGUCAAGUUUUGUGUCCCAUCACCCAUUGUCUUCAGUGAUGUGAACUACCUGAGCUCCACUGCUCCCCCUGUGGCAGCAGAGUGGGCCUCCCUUCUGCGUCCUCUGAGGGGCAGGGAGCCUGAGGGGAUGUGGAACCUUCUCUCCAUUGUCCGGGAAAUGUUCAAGAGGAACGACCGCAACUCCAUCCCACUGCUGGAGAUCAUCACCGAGGAGUGCCUGGCCACAGAGAAGAUCCUGGUGUGGUGGGUCAACACCAAGGUUGCCCUCCAUAUGGGCAGCUCUGGCCAUGGUGGGAAGAACAACAUGAACUCCAACAGUCAUGGGAGUCAGUACGCCUGCUCCUCACUUUGUGAUGAAAUAGUGGUGCUGUGGCGGCUGGCAGCACUCAAUCCAGCCUUGUCUCCCCAGGAGCGAGAGCAGCUCAAAGUGCAGUUCAAGACCUGGCACCUCAAAGUCUUGGAGAAAGUAGCUAAGAGUAAAGAGGCCAGCAGCAGCAGCAGUGGUGGUGGCAGCACCAAGCGGGUGACGGACGGGGACGUGUUCCCGGGGUUCAAGCCUUCCCUAGAGGCCUGUCAGCUCGACUGGAGUGACUACCCCCUGCCAGGUGUCACCUAUUCCCGCACUGCCUCACGCUAUUACUGCCCUGUCAUGUGUUUCCGUCAUGACUCUCGCCAUGAGUCCCAGGCUGCUCCCAUCUCUGCUCCACACCCUCGCAAUCCUGCGUCCCACGCAGGGCCUAAGAGGCCCACUGAGCGGCGGGUGCUGAUCAGCCCGGGCCAUCCUGGAGACCCCGAGGGAGCGGCGGUGGGGGCGUCCAUGGCUGGGGCGCGGCACAGCGGCCACCGCAGCAGCAGUGUCAGCAGCGAGGGGUUCUGUGACCACGAUGCUGGCCGGGACAGCGACUCUCCCCCAGAGCGUUCCCCUGAGGCAGACUCCGGCCAGGUGUCCCGCCAGAGCUCCCGGGAAGAGAGAGCAGUGCCAGUACCUGGCCUGGCAGCCACGCUGGGCCGGGCCAGGGAGGACAGAGACAAGUCCUCCCCUGAUGAUGGUGGUGUUGAGUCUGACUGGUCCGGCGUGGCUGAGCCGGCGCGGCCCCAGAGGAGUCGUGGGUCUGGCCGGGGCCAGCGGGCCAGGGACGUGCACGGCUCUGAUGAGUAUGACCUGUACCUUUACAAUGCCAGCCAGGUGGAGGGGGGCGGGGCGGGUGGAGAUGGCCCCGGCUGUCGUGCAGCUGAGAUUUUUGGCAACCUGAAGAAGCUGGAAGAUCCGCUGGAGAUCUUGUUUGCCCGAGCCGAGGGCCUGCACGCCCACGGCCAUCUACAGGAGGCGUCCGGGCUGGCUGUGCAGCUGUCCCAUGAGUUACUGGCCAACCCCCCCAACCUGAUGGUGGACCUCCCUCCACCCCCAAGCAAGGGCAAGCGCAAAAAGGUCAAUCCAGCCUCCCACCAUCUGACCUGCCUGGCCUCUGCCACCUUGGGUAAAUGUGCCUUCCUCUGCACUGUGCUGGCAGAGAACCCAGAACACACUCACCUGGCCUUCCAGGUGGCCAUGUUUGGCCUGGAGAUGGCUCGUCCUCCAGCCUCCACCAAGCCAUUGGAGGUGAAGCUGGCCAAUCAGGAGAGUGACCUUGUGGCCCUGCUGAAGCGCCUGCCCCUUGGCCCCAUGGAGCUGGGCGUCAUCAGGGACAAGGCUGAGAAGAUGCGCCUGGGAACCCUCAAGAGUCGUGGAGAGGCCCUGUUGCCCCUCAUGUUGGCAUCCUUCCUGUUUGAUGCACUUGUUAUUGCUGGAACAACCAAGAGUGCAGUGGGGGGCCAGAGUUACCGCCAGCCCCAGGAUGAAACUCUUGGCUUUGAUGCGGCUGUGGCUGCCAUCGGCAUGAAGGCCAAUGUGUGUGAAGCCGACCACCCACUGCUCUGUGAAGCCACCAGAAGACAGAGAGGUGAGCUGGCACUGACGCUGCUGACUCACUACAAGGACGACCAGGACCGCCUUGCACGCAUCAUGGACAAGCUGCUAGACAAGGAGGUUCACCAGAUGUACAAAGCUCCCUCCCUUCCCACCUACUAUAUCAACAAUGCCCCAUCUCAGACCAGCAGCAGUGUGGCUGACUGUGAGCCCACCAGCAGCCUGAGGGUGGCUGACUCCCCAGGUGGUGGCACUGUGACUGGUGGGACGGUGGUCAGCGUGACCCCUCUGGCUUCCCUGCAAGGAGUCCAUCUAGGACCACCUGUGGGGCACCCUAACCAGUCGGCCGGGGCCCACCAACAGCUGGCUCAGCAGAAUGCACCACGGCCUCACCCUGCAGUGACUUCUGGGGUAGAGGUGGAGCCCUCCAUGGCCCGACUCAGCCUCUCCCCCUCCCAGCCACUUGGAGGAGCCCGGGCUAAGGAUGGACCCACCCCAAGGUUUCUGGAAGGAGAGGAAGGGGAGAGCCCCAGCUGGGAGGAGGACUACAAGGCAUGGGAGGAGAAGUGUGUGGCAGGGAAGCAGCGCAAGAAGAGAGCUCCAGCCUGUGGCCUGGAAACUACCUCAUCAGGUGUGGAAGCCUGGAUCAAGUCAACAGGCCCCGGCUCAGAUUCAGGAUCCUCUGGGAAUUCCUCAGACAGUAUUGGAUCCUUCUCCAGUGGUGACAAGAUUGCUGGCCUGGAGGUGAGGACCUCUCCCAGUGUCAACAAGCCAGUUGAGUCUCCUCCCCUGGGAUUCCCAUUGGUGCGGCCAGUGCCUCAGCCCACCCCAGAGAGCACCGCUGCCCAGCCCAGGCCUCAGCCCACUUAUGGAAAGGGUGUCCGCUUUAAGGGAAAGCGAGCUUAUCCAACUGUGCCCAACCAGCCCUCAGAAGCCAGCGCUUACUUCAUGUUUGAGCUGGCCAAGACUGUCCUCAACAGAGCUGGUGGCAAUAGCAGCACCUCCCUCUUCACACAAGCAAGCAGCUCCCAGAAUCACAGGGGCCCCCACAGACCCCUCCACAUGUGUGCAUUCCAGAUUGGCUUGUAUGCACUGGGUCUCCACAACUGUGUCAGUCCUAACUGGCUGUCAAGAACUUACUCGUCACAUGUGUCCUGGAUCACAAGCCAGGCAGUUGAGAUUGGCUCCUCAGCUGUUUCCUUCCUCAUUGAUACCUGGGAGGGCCAUCUGACGCCCCAAGAGGCAGCUUCCAUAUCAGACCGAGCCUCCAGAGGCCGAGAUGCUCUCACCAUCAGGGAGGCGGCCAAGCUGGCUCUCUCCUGCCUUCCACACUCACAUGCCCUCAACCCCAAUGAGAUACAAAGGGCUAUUAUUCAGUGCAAGGAGCAGAGUGAUGCCAUGCUGGAGAAGGCCUGCUUGGCUGUGGAGGGUGCAGCGAAGGGUGGCGGGGUGUACCCUGAGGUGCUUUUCUCUGUGGCACGCCGCUGGUACGAGAUCUACGAAGCACGCACCCGCCACCAGGCCCGGCACCAGGCCAGGACGGGCAGCAGCCAGCAUGUGGCUGUUGAACCCCCAUUUGUUGACCCUGGUGCAGCAGGUCAUGACUUGCCCUUGCCACUCCCCCCACCCCUCAACCCUCCUACACCACCUACACAGCAACAGCAGCAACAACAACAGCAACAACAACAACAGCAACAGCAGCAGCAACAGCAGCAGCAGCAGCAGCAGCAGCCACCUCAACAGCCACAGCCAGGUGUUGCAGCCCUAGACCAGCAAGCCCAACCAGCACUCCAUCCUCCAGUGUCUGUGGGUGUGAAUGGCAAUGGCAGUGCUGGUACCCUGGUGGGAGUGACUGGAUAUCCUGUGGCAGCCACAGCUCCUUCUGUUCCUUAUGGAUUGCCGGGCAUCCCGUAUCCACUUGGCUACAACUAUAUCUCUGGCCUCACCACCAGUGUCUCCUGUAUCAACCCACAGAUGCCCAUGCAGAUGUACAUUCAGCCUCCAGGAGUGUCAUUCAGUGGAACACAGGGUGUCUCCCAGCCCCUGUUGCCUCCACCACCCUUGCAGUAUUAUCCUCCAGUGUCCAUACCUUCCACCCUCCCUCAGAAUGGACUAGCUGGCAAUGGAGGUCUGGCAGGGGCAGUACCAGGUGGAAUAAAUGCUGGAGUGGCAGGAAAUGGUAACCAGCCUCCUCCACCUCUCAAUGUUGGGCCUCCCCCACUGUCCCAGCAGCCCGCCCUCCUGCCUGGCAACACUCCCCCAGCACAGGGUUUCUUCUCCUUGCCAUACUCUGGAGCAGUGGGAAAUGGAGGUGUCUCCACAGCUGGAUUCAUUAGUGGCCCUCAGGCAGGGGCUCUCCUAUCAUGGGUGAGGGCUCAGGGGCCCCACUUAGUACAACAUUCACCUCACCAGCCCCAGCUGCCUUCCCGCCCCACCUCACAACCCCAGCAACAGCAGGUGAGUGGCCUGGUAGGGGGCCAGCAGGUGACCAACACAGGCUCCAUGCACUACCUGCUCAGCUCCUAUCGAGUUGGCAUGCUUGCCUUGGAGACUCUGGCCAGGAAAGUCCAUGAUGACCGACCCCAGGCCAAGUAUGCGCGGAAUCCUUCGUAUGGCGAGGAUGUGAAGUGGCUGCUUGGGGUGGCUAAGAAGCUGGGUCAGCAGUACCUGCACCAGUUCUGCAUGUGUGCUGUGAAUAGUGUGGUGUCCCCAUUUGUCCUACAGGAGUUGGCUGUAGAGGCAGCACAAUACCUUGCCCGCCACUCCCCGGCACUCUUCCAUCAGCAGCUGCGCUCACCCAUUCUCCAACCCCUUGUCCAGAAGUGCCAGCAGAUGUUCCUGCAGUGCACACACCUCAAGAUGUACUACGUGACACCAACGGAUUAUGAUGAGUUCAUCUCUAUCAUCUUGGCUGCUCGCUCAGCGUAUCAGAUGACCCCUGGAGGAAUGGUUCAGUUUAACGAACUGCUACAGGCACUCAGAAGAUCUAAGUCAUGCAAGAAGGAGCUGUGGACCAGAAUCACAAAUGCACUGCAGCAGACGACACCAGUAUGACCACAGCCUUGUCUAGGGUCUUGUGGAGAGAAUGGUGCCCUGAGGCGAGGGGGUGCGUCGCCAGCAUGAGCCACAGAGGGACAGACCUUCCCCGUGUGUGUGUCAUUUGAUGAGCUGAGUGAAGUGGUCACUUAACAUUGCAGUCACCCAGAAUAAGAAUAUGGCAACUCAAGAUAAGUGGAAUUGUGACAGGUAAUUAACUUAUUAAUACUUAAUGAAAUUUAAAUAAGUUAGCAUGUCGGUGUGUGAAAUCCACAAUCUGACGUUUCAAAAGAGGCAAGUCUAACACUAAAUUUCCUGAGGAAUAAACACAAGAGUAGUUUCAAAAAGCUGAACCAGCCUGAGUUCCACCGCCCUCGACAAGGUUGCUGCACUUACGUCUGUAUUCUUAAGUGCAUUUAUAAGCUCUUUCCACACCAGACAACAGACAACCCAGACAAGGUGAGGAAGCAUGUUUCCUCACAUGUCUCAGUGCAAACCAGAAAGCAUCAAGCUGCAGAGGCAACACAUUUCAGUGGCAGCCUGUCACUGAAUGUUAAAAGUGCUUGUGAUCUGUACGUGAGCAGUGGAACGUGUUUUUCUUAUUGUUAUUUAUUUAUUAUUCUUUAUUUUUACUUGAGCAUCUUCCCCGUAACUUCUAAAUUAUCUUAGUAAGAGUUAAGGGACACAUUGGUUUAAAUGUAUUUAAAGGCUAAUUUUCAGGGUUAAGAAGGCAGAGUAAGAGAGGCAGGCUUUUUAAUCUGCUCAAUGAAUUGUAUUUAUGACUUGGGAGAUUGAGAAGAUAUUUUUGAGCAUAAAUGGGUGACUAUAUAUUGCAUCAAUAUAUGUAAGCACCUUAAGAAUAUACAAAAAGCACUCAGUGGAAAACCUUAUCUUUGUCCAAGUGUAGCGUCUCAUAAUAAUUAAAAUAAGCGUAACACUGUGUCACUACAAAUCGCACUUGUGUCACAGUCUAGCGGGGAGAUAAUUUUUUAUGAUCUUCUAGUUGAUGGUGAAUAUGUAUGUAGUAGAUUCCACAUGAUCCGUUCUGAGCUUGAUGCAGGUUAUGUUUUCUACUCAGUGGUGACCCGGUGACCCACUCUAGGUCUGUACAUAGUUUCCUUCCUUUUCUCUCUAUUUUGUUUUUUCUUUUUUGAGUGCCUGCAUGAAUGUGUGUGUGUGCAUACUUCUGUGUGUGUAUGUGUUUUAGUUUCCUUUUUUCCUCUGGUUCAUUUCCUUUUUAUUUUGGUCUGUGAUGCUUGCCAGUCAGGGGACAAUUCUGUCUGAUCUCAUUAGUUUUGUAAAGUUUUGCCAAUUUAUCAGGAUUUUUUGCAGUGAUGUCAGUUGAAUUCCAUGGCAGCUGGGGAACGGUUAUCUUUUUCUGCUCUCUUGGUUAACUGAGAAAGUGUCUGUGGCUUAUCCAAUCAGGAGAAAAUACCAGGUCGCAAUGGAUAUAUUUAUUUCAGGUUGCAGUAGUCUUACAUUUAUAUUAGCUUUCUUGACUAUCAUUUGCCAAAAUACUUAUUCCCUUUAGACUAGGUGAGAUGUGUCUUUGGUUUGUGGGUAGAGUUGAGGUAGAUUUGAAUAUUGAUCUCAGUACGCUAAUUGGAUUGUUUAAGUUCAUGUUUAGUGCAUCUAUUCUGUGGACCACUCAUAGUUCUAGUGUCUUUUCCUCAUCAUUGUUUUCAAGAAUUACAUGCUCAGAAACUCAUUCAUUACACCUUCAUAGUUCACUUCCUUGCAGGUUGUUUUUAUGAAAACACCUUAGAUCAUAAUGAAUAACCUGGGAACAUGAAGUGAGGAAAAACAAGUGUAGUAUUUAUUUAUUUAUAUUAUUGUAUUUUAACUGGCUCUUUUCAAAACGUUGAGAGCAAAAAGAAAAGCACUAUAGAGAGAGGGAAACUCAAAAAAAAGCAGGAGCAAAGAUAAUGAUAAUAAUGAGAUGCUUGAAAUUGAUGGAUAGACUAACAGUAUUGUGAGAAGAGUCAGGGACCUGAGAUGAAAUAGAUGAGAACUCUUGAUUAUUAGAGACAAUCAUUUGUGUAUGCAGAGGUGUAGCUGAGUAGCAGCUUGUGUAGUGCAGCUAUUGAGUGUCAGGGAAGUGGCUGCUUCAGAAGGCUAGCUGUAGGAUCAGUGCAUGAGUGUGAUGCUAAGAAAGUUUUCAGGUGAAUAUUAGUUUUAAGCUCAUAGUUUUGGUUAUAUAUUUAUUGCCUAUGUUCCCAGCAAUUAAUAUCUCUACAAUUGCCUGCGUGAAUUAAAACAUAAUUUUUUUACUUAAUAGAUGAAUAUAUUAGGAUAGAAAUACAAGAACUAGUACAUAUCUGCAUGAAAAUUUGAUCAGCAAAUAUUGAUAUUGCUAUGGCAGGAACUUUAGCUUUACUUGUGAUGAACAUCCCAGAGUAUAGACAGAAGUGUAAAAUUCUUCUUGUUUUUAAAUUUAAGAUACGUUGGAGAAAGUGUUCAUCUGUUGCCUCAGGUUGUCUUGGAUAGGUGUCUGUUGGUCUCAGUCUUGGUCGUUGUCACUGUGCUGUCAGCAUGCACACUCUUGCUGUCAGGAGUGUUGUGAGCUGCUUCACUCCUCGUUGCCUUAAGGAGGACACUUAAGGUUGAGGCGAGACGUGUCCACCAGCGCUGAGUGAGGGAAGCUGCCAUUGAUCAUGUCCCUGUUGUCCCCUGGCUGGCUGGCUCAAACUGGGCCAGUAGUGUCAAUAUUUGUAAGGUUUCUGCAUUUAACGUUUAGGACUGGAUUAGCUGUCUUGUUUAACUUUUCAAUAGAAAUUAUAUGAAAACAUUAUUUUUUCUAAAUACAGUAGCAUACACAUUGUUGAAAGACACAUUUUAUAAAUGUGGCAUAAAUGAACACCAUGAAUGGUUUUCCAACAUUCAGGUAUUUUUUAUGUGAUAUAUACUAUUAAGAAUUUCACAUAGUGAUAUUUAAUGUCACUGAUAGAAGCAGAUAUGUUAGGAUUUUUUGAAUGAGCUCUGUUAGAAUCUACAAGAAAUUUGUGUAUAUGAUAGUGUAGUGGUGAGGGAGGAGACAAGCAGACUCAGGGGGGCCAGGCUGGUGUAUUCUCUGACCUUCAACUUCACCAAAUUUAAGAAUGUAUUUUAUAAUUUUAUUAAGAAAGAGGAGUGUGUAACAUGGUCACACUUGUUUUCAUAUAGAGUACUGAAUUCUGCUCUGUAAUUGUGAGAACGAUGCCUGAUCAUUGAAAUACGUAACAGCAUGUCGGAAAUAUCCUUGAUGAGCUGACAGCAGUGUUAGACCUGGUACAAGUAUUUGAGUACAAUGUAAUAAAUCUUUUGGCAACAUUUCUCCAUUUUCAAGUGCUAGAGGCGAGCCACGGCAGAAACACUUUGGAAAUAUUUUUAUGGUUGUAUGACAACAAGAAAAAGAAAAA